AAAAGUAGUAAAAGUAAUAAAAAACAACUAGCAGUUAUGGAAAACCUAGACGCCACCAUAGAUAGCAUGGAGAACAGUCGGUUUGCGGCCCUCUACGGAAGUUUGAUCAAGGAGUUAACGCUAACUUCGGAGUUGUCCCAGACGGACAUCACCUGCUUGCUCGUCGUUUAUUACAAGUUCUCCAAGGCCAAUGGACCCCAGUGCAAGCAGAUGACCAAGAAGCAGUUCUACCAGAUCUUCCUGGUGCUCUUCAACGUGGCCAGUGUCCAGGUGAUUGAGCGGACUCUGCUCGCAAUCACAAAGGAUACGAAGUAUGUCAGUCCCAGGGCCUGGAUUCACCUCUUCGAUCUCUACACAACCAAGGACAUUCAUGUGCGCAUGCGAUUUGCCUUCGAGGUCUAUGAUACCAAAGGCACUGGUGUUAUUGAUCGUGAGCAAGUCGGCACGGCAUGUGAGAAAUUUUUUUACGGUGAAGACGAAGAUGAACUUAACGAGCUUAAGGCAGACAUGACCGAGUUUAUCAUGAAGAAGUUUGAUCUGGACAAGGAUGGGGUCAUUUCCUACGAGGACUACUCCACCGUCGUGGAACAGCAGCCUAUUUUAGUGGAAUUCUUGGGUUGGCUAUUUCCAUCAAAGGAGGACAAGGAUCUCAUGGCCCAUUGCAUUAACCUGCAACUUAAGCUGAAUUAAAUAUUAUG